AGUUCUUUGGCCUUGUGACACGUAGCAAGGGGGCUGGUUCAGGGUCUGAAACAGAGUUUGGGGAUUGUUUGGGACUAGUGAAGCUACUGCCUUUGCCGCCAGCGCAGCCUCAGAGUUUGGUGAGUGACCCAGGCCCGUGGCACACUGUUCAGCUUCUCUCCACACCCGUGCAAAUGGGCUUGUUGCCGUCUUUCGGCGCCGCGCCCUGGUCCUUUCGCUCAGACCCUCGCUCCCUUUCAAGCGCUUGCCCUGACGCGGGCCGCUGCACCUCAGGCGCGACCUUCCAGAUUCUGCACUUUCCUGGCAGGCCGCAGGUCUUAUUUUGCAAGGAAGCAGUCGCGUUGUCAGCUGUAAAGCCCAGUCCUAAGAUUAUUUGCAAUGUCAGGCUUUGAAAACUUAAACACGGAUUUCUACCAGACAAGUUACAGCAUCGAUGAUCAGUCACAGCAGUCCUAUGAUUAUGGAGGAAGUGGAGGACCCUAUAGCAAACAGUAUGCUGGCUAUGACUAUUCGCAGCAAGGCCGAUUUGUCCCUCCGGACAUGAUGCAGCCACAACAGCCAUACACUGGGCAGAUUUACCAGCCAACUCAGGCAUAUACUCCAGCUUCACCUCAGCCUUUCUAUGGAAACAACUUUGAGGAUGAGCCACCUUUAUUAGAAGAGUUAGGUAUCAAUUUUGACCACAUCUGGCAAAAAACACUAACAGUAUUACAUCCGUUAAAAGUAGCAGAUGGCAGCAUCAUGAAUGAAACUGAUUUGGCAGGUCCAAUGGUUUUUUGCCUUGCUUUUGGAGCCACAUUGCUAUUGGCUGGCAAAAUCCAGUUUGGUUAUGUAUACGGGAUCAGUGCAAUUGGAUGUCUAGGAAUGUUUUGUUUAUUAAACUUAAUGAGUAUGACAGGUGUUUCAUUUGGUUGUGUGGCAAGUGUCCUUGGAUAUUGUCUUCUGCCCAUGAUCCUACUUUCCAGCUUUGCAGUGAUAUUUUCUUUGCAAGGAAUGGUAGGAAUCAUUCUCACUGCUGGGAUUAUUGGAUGGUGUAGUUUUUCUGCUUCCAAAAUAUUUAUUUCUGCAUUAGCCAUGGAAGGACAGCAACUUUUAGUAGCAUAUCCUUGCGCUUUGUUAUAUGGAGUCUUUGCCCUGAUUUCCGUCUUUUGAAAAUUUAUCUGGGAUGUGGACAUCAGUGGGCCAGAUGUACAAAAAGGACCUUGAACUCUUAAAUUGGACCAGCGAACUGCUGCAGCGCAACUCUCAUGCAGAUUUACAUUUGACUGUUGGAGCAAUGAAAGUAAACGUAUAUCUCUUGUUCAUUUUUAUAGAACUUCUGAAUACUAUGUUGGAUUUACCUGCAGUGUGACUAGCUUUAAAUGUUUGUGUUUAUACAAAUAAGAAAUGUUAUUUCUUUAUGGUUCCUGCAGCCAUUGAAAAACCUUUUUCCUUGCAAAUUAUAAUGUUUUUGAUAGAUUUUUAUCAACUGUGGGAAACCAAACACAAAGCUGAUAACCUUUCUUAAAAACCACCCAGUCACAGUAAAGAAGACACAAGACGGCCGGGCGCGGUGGCUUACGCCUGUAAUCCCAGCACUUUGGGAGGCCGAGGCGGGUGGAUCACAAGGGCAGGAGAUCGAGACCAUCCUGGUUAACAUGGUGAAACCCCGUCUCUACUAAAAGUACAAAAAAUUAGCUGGGCGUGGUGGUGGGCGCCUGUAGUACCAGCUACUCAGAAGGCUGAGGCAGGAGAAAAGUGUGAACCCAGGAGGCGGAGCUUGCAGUGAGCCGAGAUCACACCACUGCACUCCAUCCAGCCUAGGUGACAGAGCAAGACUCCAUCUCAAAAAAAAAAAAAGAGACACAAGACUUACUGCAAAAAUAUUUUUCCAAGGAUUUAGGAAAGAAAAAUUGCCUUGUAUUCUCAAGUCAGGUAUACUCAAAGCAAAAAAGUUAUCCAACUGUAGAGUAUGAGUUUGCACUCCAAAAAUUUGACAUUACUGUAAAUUAUCUCAUGGAAUUUUUGCUAAAAUUCAGAGAUACAGGAAGUUCACAGUCUACCUUAUUGUAGACAUGAAAUGCGAACACUUACUUAAAUAUUAAUGUUAACUCAACCUUAGGGACCUGGAAUGGUUGCAUUAAUGCUAUAAUUGUUGGAUCUCCAUAUUUCCCAAAAAUAAAAAAAAAAAUCACUAACCUUUUUUAAGGAAAAUAUUUAAAGUUUUACAAAAUUCAGUAUUGCAGUUAUCAAUGUAAAGUACAUUUGAAUGCUUAUUAAUUAAAACUUUCCCAAUUAA